UCGCGACAGGUUCCCUCUCCCGAACUUCUUCCUCCGCUGUCUUUUCUCUAUGGCAGCCGCUGCCGAUGGGCGGGACCGGAGGGCCACGCGUCUCCGGGUCUCGCUUCCCUACCCAUGAUGGUGGGGUUUGAGCGGUAGCAUCGCUCUGGGUGGGAGCUGACGAAGGCGGCAGGUGGCGGCGCGGCCGUCAUGGAGAGGCCAGGCGAAGAGGACGAAGAGCCGGCUGCGGAGGGAGGAGACGCGCUGGCUUUGCUCAUCAGGCGGCAGCGCAAGGAGAAGCGUGAGCUGCAGGCUAAAAUUCAGGGGAUGAAAAAUACUGUUCCAAAGAAUGAUAAAAAGAGAAGAAAACAGCUCUCUGACAGUGUUGCCAAGCUGGAGGUGGAUUUGGAACAGAAGCAUAAAGAAGAGCUGAAGAAACUGAAGGAGACAGUACCUGAGCAGAGCCAGGAGGAUUCAGCAGCUAUAAGUAUGGCAAGAUUAGAGCUGGAGAACACACAACAGGUUCAGCCUGCUCGAGUAACAAAAGCACAGAAGAGGCGGGAGAAAAAAGCCGCAUUGGAGAAGGAAAGAGAAGAAAGAAUAGCAGAAGCUGAGAUAGAAAAUUUAACUGGAGCUAGGCACCUUGAAAGCCAGAAACUAGCACAUAUUUUGUCAAUAAGGCAGCUGGAAAUCAAACAGAUCCCCUCUGAUGGACACUGCAUGUACAGAGCAAUUGAAGAUCAGCUCAAGGAGCGGCAAAACUCCUGGACUGUUGCAACUCUUAGAGCCCAGACUGCAGAGUACAUGAGAACUCAUGUGGAUGAUUUCUUACCAUUCCUGACAAAUCCAAGUACAGGUGAUCUGUACAGUCAUGAUGAAUUUGAAAAAUACUGUUGUGAUAUAGCAAACUCAGCUGCAUGGGGUGGUCAGUUAGAACUAAGGGCUCUGUCACACAUCUUGCAAACACCAAUUGAAGUAGUACAGAUGGAUUCUCCUCCCAUUAUUGUUGGUGAAGAAUACAGUGGGAAGCUGCUAAUCCUUGUGUAUAUGAAACACGCUUAUGGAUUAGGAGAACAUUACAAUUCUGUAAAUCCUCUGUUGGACAUGACUACAGAUAAUGAAAGCUAGUAAACAGUUCCUCAGAAGAUGUGAAUGAUGGAUAUUUAACUGUUUAAGCUAUUCAUCUUUGAUGAAUAAAGCAAAUUCUGUCAAUUUUAAUAAGACACAGGUUGUUUUGGGGUGUGUGUGUGUGUAUAUAUGUGUAUCUGAAAUCUUUUUUUAAGCAGUAUAGAUUCUGAUGCAAUCAUGUUUUAGAAAAUUGUCCAUAAAGUGUUUCUAAUGCAAUUAAUAAUAAAUUGUAUAUUACAACCUA